AUGCUUUUAUUAACUUGCUGCCUUGUCUGUCUGUCUGUUUCGACUCAUUUCCUUCUGCAUAUUCUCGUUGGUCCAUCCCACCAUGGUUCAGUAGUAGGACCUGUUGACCAUGGUGCAACCCUUGUUGGCCCUUCCCACCACGGUUCAGUAGUAGGACCUGUAGACCAUGGUGCAACCCUUGUUGGCCCUUCUAGCCAUGGUACAGUAGUAGGACCUGUUCACCACGGAGCCAAACUUAUCGGACCUUCUUCUCACGGAGCAGUUGUAGGACCCGUUCACCACGGUGCUCACCUUAUUGCACCUUCUGCUCAUGGAGCAGUUGUAGGACCUGCUCACCACGGUGCUCAUCUUAUCGCACCUUCUGCCCAUGGUAUCGUCGCCGGCGGUCACAGCCACGGAGCCGUCCUUCUUCACUCCGCCCACGUUGUACCACAUGCCGUCCAUCUUCAUCAUCAUUAGGGCUUACGAGAAUACGCUUAACUGGUUGACCCAACGUUGUAAA